GUGAACCAGCGGUUGUGAGGGACGGACAGGGAACAUAAACUUUCAUUACCAUCACCUAUUAACUUCUGCGCAUACAAAUAGUGUAGAAGGGAAAAGUUGAUAAUCUAAUCCCACAAAGUCAACAUGCUCCGUGACUCAACACUUCUGAGGACCUGCGUGACUCUGUCCUGCCUUCUAGCCGCCGCCGCAGCCUCCAAGCCUUACUCCUACGUGGUGCGGUACUCCAGAAACUUCAAUGACAAGAGGAGUGAGAGGACGCCGCUAGUACCACGCCACGCCUCUCAGGCUGAACACACACCCUACCAUGCCCCACGCUAUGCUCCGCGCCACGCUCCCCGGUUAAUAGUGGAGGAGGUGCGGAAAACGGUCGAAAUAAGCAUCCAGGAAGGGUAUGAGAGGGGAGGCUACGACCACCGCCAUUACCAGACACAGAACACGACAUGGAGUGAGUACGAGAACGAGGGAGGUUACAGUGAUGAAGAGGAAGAGGAAGGCAGCAAAAUUCGUUCCAGUGAUUACAGCAGCGAAGAGAAUGAUGAGGAAGUUAGCGAGACACGUUUCACUACCAAUACGGCGCUAUAUGACUCAAAUGUAGCACCAGACUCGAAUAUAUCAGCAGAAAAUUCAUAUAUAUCAGCGGGGAAUUCAAAUAUAUCAAAGGGAAUUUCAAAAUUACCAGCGCGAAAUUCAAAUGCCAUAGCGCGAAAUUCAAAUUUAUCAGUGCGAAAUUCAAAUAUACCAAGUUUGAAAGCUUCGAGUUCAGAUUCAAAUAUUGUGGGGCCAAAUUUAAACAUUAAAACACCAAAUACAGGCAGGCAGUCCAUCGAUCAACCUCUUAACAGUUACAGUCAUGAAAUAUAUACCACUACACCUCCUUCAGACAGUCUAUACCUUACAACAGAAACACAGGGAAAGCAUACAGCGUCUCUUCGUAAUACUGAGAGAAAACAAGCGCUCGCCUCAAGCCUCAAUAGGGGAAGCUACUCUAAGGAAGACUUUGGCCAACCCGCGCACUUCAUCUUGCCGAAACUGGUACAGAAUAACCCGUUCUUCUUUCCUAUCACUCCUGGUACUGCAAAAAUAUCCUCAUUUCCCUCUAUUUCUUCUACCAAUACCACAUCUACUCCAGCAACCAGAAAUUCAUUACCAUUUCCUGUUACUACCACAUCGACUCCGCCACCACAAGGCUCCCAGUUUUCUUUAAUCACCACAUCUCUUCCACAACACUCCUUAUUCUUCCUCGCUUCUACCACAUCACCACCACUCCCUACCACACCCACAGCCCCUAAGCCGCCCCAAUCACUACUCUAAUUACACUACCACACCCACCACAGUUUCACCGCACCCAGACUCAGCCGCACUUCCGCCUAUACUCGUAGAAGCCCCCAGCCCUUCACCACUAAUGCACACCCACUCACCGCCGCCCAGUGGGAAGGUGCGAUCUAAUAAAUGUUGAAAGUUGG